CGGAAAUCAAAAUUUUCUGAAUUAGUGCUUUCAAAACAACCAACCGGGAUUGAAUUGGCUUUAAUGCCCUAAAAUAACCAUGAACACAUCUACAUCACAUGCAAGGACACAAGUGUUUUUGUCAACAACAGAAGAUACAAAAAACCCUCUAAACUAUAUAAGAACGGCUUAUUUCCUCUUCCCUUCCCCUGUCUAAUCUUUCCCCUGACCGACACAUCAAAUUGUCCAUGGAAAAUCUUCCAUCCUUCAACAUCAUCAUCAUCCUUCUCUUCUGUUAUGUCACCCAAUUCAUACUAUGGCAAACAUCAGCCCAGGACCUACCAUGCCGCACCACAUGUGGCUCCAUACAGGUCAAGUACCCCUUUGGCAGUGGCCACGGUUGCGGCUCCCCCGGGUUCCAUCCUUACAUAGCAUGUUCACCUGAGGGAGACCAGCUCCUCCUCACAACUCACACAGGUUCUUAUCCUAUCACUUCCAUAUCCUACACCACCUCCACCUUUAUCAUCACCCCACCACACAUGUCCACAUGCACCUCCAUGCAACAAUCCCCCAACUUAGGCCUAGAUUGGGCAAGUCCAUUCCAGCUUGGCUCAUCAACUUUCCUUCUCCUCUUAUGCACACCCCCAACUUCAUCUCUUAACAUCAAGGGCUCACCUGUUUGUGACACCUCCUCUUAUCUCUGUGCGUCGAUUUACACUUGUCCAUCUGUGAUUGGCCUCGGCUUGCCUCUUUUUCCACCUACAAACACGUGUUGUGUGUAUUCUCCUGCUAAUUUUAAUAGCAAAGGUGAGCUUGAUCUCCAAAAGUUGAAUUGCAUGGGGUAUGCUUCAGUAGUGUCCCUUCAGGAACACCCUACCGACCCUUCCCAGUGGCAAUAUGGGGUGGAAUUGAAGAGCAGAGGUGGAGCUUUGGAUGAUUAUUACGUAGAUAAUAAGUGCAACACUUGUGAGAUCAGUGGUGGUGUAUGUGGUUAUGCUCCUCCUGUCAAUUCCUUUGUGUGUGUGUGCAGUGAUACAAUCAAUACCACUAUGGAUUGCAAUACCCGCAGUCUGCAGAAUCAACCUGAACUGGCUUGGAACUCAGUUUCUUUACCCUCCAGGAAGCUGUGGAUGGGGUUUCUGGGUGGUCUAGUUUUCGUUGGAGCAGCUUGAGAAAGAGAACAGCUCGCAGUUAAGUGAGACUGUUCUUUGUGCAGUGAUCUGAGGUCUCAUUCUAAUUAACAAAGACCUUUGUUUUGGCAAUGGAAAGUUGAAAAGUGGUCAAAAGUAGGUCUUAUUUGUCAAAUUCGAGAGAAAUAGUACAAGGAAUAAAGAUGGGAAGGCCUGGAAUCUAAGUCAUUUAUGAAUACUACACUUUCCAUGUGCGUUAGCAAGACCUGUAUGUUCGUAGCAAUGGUUGUGGUUUCUAAAUCCCUCUUGAAGUUGUUUUCAUCUACCGUACUUUCUUUCUAAUAAAAUUUGCAUUCACUCUUUUU